GGUAUUUCUGUCAAAACACUCAAAUCUGACAUCACUCAAAUUUCAGCAAAAUUUAUCUAAAAUCUCACCACUCAUUUAUAUCAAGUUUACAAUGUUUCCUCCAAUAUAUCUUCCACCCACCGAUCAAAUAACGCUCUUUGGUGAACAAGUCAGUUUAACCGACUUGAGUGAAACACAGUUUAAAAUUUCCAGCCAUGAGAAGGCGAACUUUAAAGAAACCUUGCUAUCGAUGCUCGAUGAUAAAAAUAGGAUUAUCGAAGCUUUGAAGAAGCAGGUGGAGAAUCAGAAAAUGCAGCUGACUUACUACAUCAAGAAGGACAUGAAUCCGAAAAUGAUUCAAAAGCUGUCUGAAUCAUGCAGCCCCCAGGUCUCGGACGAGAGCCUGCCCCUCAAUUUGGCUAUAAACAAAUUUUGCCGACAGAACGGGCUGCAGACGAGGCUAUCAUGCAUGUACGAACGCAUGAACCGGCUCGAUACGAACUUGUUACGCUGCCUUAGAGACCAGGAGUACGUGCUCGAGCAAAUUGUCAAGGAAUUAUGCAACGAUACCAAAAGAAAGUUCACUGGAGUUCCCAAAGUUGAACUGAAAUUCCAGUUUGGAUCACCUUACGUAACAAACCCUAACGUAGUAGAUUUGUUUAUAAAAUUACUCAACGCAACCCUGCAUUUGAAGAGGAAAUUGAUCGGUUUUAAGAUUUGCUGCGAUCGUGUGUUGAUUGUUGAAGAGGAAAGAAAUGGCAUAGUCGAACAAGUUUAUGCGAUGCCGACUGAGCAGCGCUGCGAUUGCAAUUAUUUGCUCGGCUUGCAAAUGGAAAAGGCGGAAAUGGAAAACGAAAUCAGGAGGCUUUCGGCGGAAAAUGUCGAGAAACAGGACCGCGUAGUGGAGCUGAACGUGGUGGAAAAAUUGUUGCAUAAUCUGAGGUGGGAGUUGGACAGUUCCUUUUUGAAAGAUGAAGAUAGUUGUAUCAGUGAAAUGUUGAAAAAGGUCAAUUCAGAGGCAAGAGUCUUGUUGGCGAUGACCCAGGAACAGAAACACAAAUUUAAAGGCGAAGCUUACUGUGACAGGACUCUUUUUUAUAUCAGAACUGCUCUAAACAAUGGUGACGUUUCGGAGGAAGAAUUGCGCAAUAUGGGUAUUAAAGACCAAGAAGGACUUAGGUUGUACGAGACCAUCAAAAAGGAAAUCGAUUCGAUUAGAAAGUCAUUACGAAAAGAAACAGAAAAGGAAAUUACAAAGGCAGCGGACGAAAACAAGAUGUUACGGGACAAAAACGCAAAGUUAGUGGUAGAAAAUGAGAAAAUGACGAUCGAGAAUAAACGACUAAAGGAAGAAGUAGAGCAGAUGAAGUUGGAACAGAAAAACGGUUAUAGACGUUUGAAGCACGAAAGAGACGCUUACAAGUCCCAAGUGGACGAUUUGCAAGCGAUCAGGGAAGCUUACGCCCAGCUGGUCGAUAAACAACCGAGUACCUUGCAGAUCGAGAGGGAAUUUACCAGGCAAAUCGAUGAUCGAGACAAAAUAAUAUCAGAUUAUGAAAGAAAAUUUGCUGUUAUGGUGAAUCGAAUAAAAAGGGAUAAAGAAAAAAUAUCCGAUCAAAACGAACAAAUUGUGAUACUAAAUAGAGUUUUGAAGUUGAACAAAUCCCGUGAUGAAACCAUAUGUGACCAGAAUCCUCCUAAAAAAGAAACUAAAAUUCCUCCAUCCACAUUCCUAAAUCCUACGCUGCAACAAACUAAAAAAUUUCCCAAACUCGACAUGCCUAAAAAUAAGACUUUUCAGCCUCGUCCACUUAACGCAAACGAUAAAACCAUAAAUGAAAAGCAGCCUGAAAACGAGGUCUCUAAUAAAAACAAAACGUCGCAAUUUUUGGAAAAUAAAAAUGCUCCCUCGGAUGACGCUGAAUGGUCGAGUUGUUCGAAGCUCUGUCCCCUUCAAGACCAAAAAAAUUUGGGUGACGUACAACUUAAGUCUGUGACAGAAGAUAAAGGAGAAGAACAGUAAUACAUGUCAACAAUACCGUGUGAUCGAAAAAAAAAACGGGGUCAAGUGACUUUAGAAAUCUUUUUUCAAAGGUAAUUUGACGCCUUUUUUUAAUCGAUAAUACAGCAAUAUAUAAAAAAAAAGUGUCAGUAAAUCUAAUUAAUAAAGA